AUGUCCAUAGACAAUACGGUAAAUGAGCUCUCGAAUACGCUGUCCGAACUUGGUCGUCUUGUCGGGCACAUCAACUCCCAGAUUGCCGGCAUUACGGGGCGGAUCAACCAGACGCUCGACAAUUUUGACGGGUCGGUAGCACGAGUCGCAGGUGACGCCUCUUCCGUCACCGGGCAAAUCACAGACACCGUAUCGCAGGUGCCGAAUUCCUGGGUAUUCUACCUCCUCCUCAUCACCCUAUGCAUCGUCUUCAUCCUCCUCUCAGUCGUGCUCAGCUUGAAUCUGGUCACAAAAGCCCACGCCAUCUAUGUAAUCUUCAAAGGCCGAGACGUGGACAAGCAGCCGAUACUCGACGAUCUUUACGAUGAACGGCGUACACCACCCGGUGCACGACCAUCAUUUGAUGAGCAACAACCGGGUGCUGUUUAUAAGGCGCGACAAGCCCACGUCGCGCUACCCAUCGAAUACGAACCACCGCGACGUUUUGGCGUCCACAACAACAGCUUCGACUAUCCGCCAAGGGCACAAGUGGUUGGCGGCGAUACGAGCUUCAGCGACAAUCAACCUCCAGUAGCUAUGCAGCGGCGAAUAGACCCAAAUCAAAUCGAAAAUGGACGACAAGGCGUUUAUCAUUUGGACUCCGGGUCGGCCGCGUACACGACGCGAAGUCUACGAAGCCAGGAAGUA